GGUUCCGCAGAUAAGGGCGGUUGCGCACCUGACCAACGAUCAACACACACACACAGCCAUUCAUUGCAUGGCAGAGAGCAGGUCAUGGGCAUUGAUUGCUUCGCCCGCCUGCCUUCCCGCCUGGCUGGCUGGCUGUGUGGCUGUCUGCCUGGCUCACCGAUGCGACGAUGCACAGCGUGUUGCCCUUGACCUCCAUCAGCCGCAGGGUCGGGAAGAUGCUCCCUGAAACCGCACACGCACACACAGCAUACACACUCAUUCCGGCCCGCCCUUCAAUCCGCACUCCACACACGUACCAGUAUACGGCGCUACCAAAGAGGUCUGCACACACAUUCACACACACACAAAAAAAGAGAGAGAGAGAGAGAGAGGGCACACGCAAGCGCAUCCACGACGCAGGCACUACCUGCAGACUCUUGCUGCAUGCCUUACGAUGUUUGACACGGCGGCUGGUCCGACGAUGGGGAAGGGCUGCAGGCCGUGGAAGAUGUCCCACAGGUUGAGCGGCAGCAGCCCCGAGGCCUGGAUCUUCCUCACCUGCUGCAGCAGCAGCCACGGCAGCGCCACCACCAGCCCGAUGCAGCCCAGAAAGCUUCCCAACCAGGUGUCGAAUGCACGCACCACCGUCGCAUACAUCGUCCGACGCACCUUUCCCUUGACCUCAGGCGAGCUUGUCAGUGAUGUUCUACUGGUGACCUGCCCGACUGCUUAUUUGAGUCACACGAGGAAGAUCCCUUGUGCAUCGUCUUGGGUUGUGUCGUAGAAGCGCUGCGAGUGUGUUG